UAUUUGGCACAAACAAUCACGUUGAUCGCCUUUACUUCUGGUGGUUAAAUUUUAUUUACAUACAGGAGAAGGGCAUGAUAAUAAGAUAACACAGAUUAUUGACACUACUGGCUUGAAAAACUUGGAUUGAGUUUACGCUGCGUACUACUGCAUUCGAUUGUUUUAAUGUCGAUGGAUCGAAAACAUUUCGGGUUCGCUCGCUUACUGCUCUUUCACAACGACCGAACACGAAGAAGCACAACUUUUAAAAAUGGAUAGGUGUUCGUGCAGAACAACGUUUUAUCAAUACCUGGGCAACGAUAACAACUUAUUAGGCGUAAAAUGUAAAACAUGCGAUCAAGAGUGGCUGAGAGAAACCAGGAAUCCGAGAGAGAGAAUCAUUUUUCAAGGACAAGAACUGGGCAAAUACACUCAUAAAGAAUGCGUGGAUAGUGGCUUCUUAAUGACCAGACCAGAACGAACCAAAAUCACACAAGAAAACGUGAACUCGCUGAGAGUAGCGGAUCAUAUUACUUGGCAUAGGGCGAAUGGAAUCUGGCAUCAUGCCAUCGUGUUAAAAAUAUUUCCGUCGGGAGUGAUUGAGAUAUGCCAUUUUGAUUCAGGCAAGUAUGGAUGGAAAACAAAAGCGAUUAUCAAAACCAAAGAGAUAGAUCCGCUGAAGGAAAAUGGUGAACUGUACAAAAUAGAUUACAGCAACAAUCCUGAAGAAAAUUCUGCUGAAUUAGUAGUCGCGAGAACAAGGGUUUUACAGUCACUGUCAAGAACUGGCAAGUAUAGUUAUAGUGUUAACAAGAAAAACUGUGAAAACUUUGCGACAUUUUGUAAAACGGGCUUUAGCAUCAGUUACCAGUUUGAGUGGUUGAAAUCAAGGUUACAACGAGCGCUAAUUUAUGGCACGCAAACUACAUUUUGUAUUAAAGCUCUGUUCAAUUUGCUAAUACAUAUACGGUAUAAUCAAAAUCUGUCCUUUCUGUUACGACAUAUACGGCAUAUAAGUGACGAAGAAUUAAGUCUCGUUUUUGAUGCCGUAUGCGCUAGUGUGCUGGUGCUAGGUGAAGUCAAGACGUGCUACGAAGACAUUGGUAGAAUAAACUCAAAUACAGGAAUAUCAGAUGAAGAUCGCUGGCUUGAAAAAUUCAAGCGGAUAUCUGAAUGUGUAGGAGAAGUGAUUACUGUGGUUGUUGGUAGCUACGCGAGGGGAUAUUUCGGAUCAGAAUUCGGUAGCCUGGUCGGUGGGCCAGUGGAACUUAUUGUUGGUAAGAUGGUUGGCACCUCGGUCGGUGAUCUGCGUGCAAGUAAAAUAUUGAAUAGAGGUGUUUUCACACGCGCUGUGCUCAUGCAUUGUGUUAGUGAGGUGUACAUGCAUCACUUGUUGUGAGCGAUUUAAAACAGAUCACAUUAAAGCCACGAUUUUAAAAGUUUCAAAGUUUAUAUUGUACUGCUCAUAUAAUACAUUUGCUUUAAACAUGUUAGUGUUACAUCGAAUAAAUCUUUUCUUUUGAGCAGUAUUUUAAGGUGAAGAGACACAGUCGGAUUGUUUGUUCCUAUUUAUUUCAAACAUGCAUAAUUAUUUAUGACAUUCUUCUGCAUAUAUUGUACAAGUAAACAUGAAAAUGCGCGUAUGCCAUUGUAUCAAUGUAAUUUGAUAUGCAAAUAAAUAGUUAUGUUAUU